AUGGAGUACCACGCCGUACCGCCCGAGGAGCGCGCAAGAGAUCAGGAUGGCAACCUUCUGCCCUGGGGCUACGUUUACAAGGAUGAGUCUCGCAACCCCCGCCGACCACCAGAGGAAUCAGGGCCUUUUGGCAAGAGGAGAAACGCCCGAUACGAAGCCCGAUCACGAACCCGCACCGGCACCCCAGCGAGGCGCGAGAAUCCCAAUGUGGUUGAGUUCGGCCGUCUCUUUGCCCAGCAGCAAGAAGACGAACGGCCGACUGGCCUGCCCAAGUCCUCUUCCUCAGGCAGCCUCGACGGCCCGCGGAAGCAAACCGAGAAGGUCGCAACCGAGUGCAUUCUCUAUGGUUACAAGGCGAAGGAUGGCGAGUGGAAGGUGAUCGAUAAGUACGAGCGCAUCUCGCAGGGCAUGAUCUGCGAAGAUUAUCCGCGCAGCGAUCCCAACUCUGCCAGCCAGUACGCACAGCUGCUGAGCGGCGGUGACGUCGUGAUCCGUGCCAACCUAUCCGCCGAUGCGAACCGCAAGUCCAAGCGCUACGAUGGCGGGUAUCACUGGAUUAAGGUCACGUUUGAUUCCACGCAGGCCGCAGACCGGGCGUGUUUCUACUCGCCACAGGAGAUUGACGGACACUUGGUGUUCUGCGAGUUGUACCACGGCCAUGGUCCGGCGGAAGACAGCGCCAUCGCCGCAGACUCUGCGGCAGCCACGAAGCUGCGCAAUAAAGCCCCGCGCACCUUGACCUCCACACACUCGACCGCCUUCCUCACCAGUUCCAGCAACGGCAGGGAUGCCCAGAGCUCAUUAACGCUGCCGCGGUCCUUCGCCAUGAACAACCUCUCCAGCGUCGGCGAGCCUGAAGAAGAACAAUCCCUCGACUCGUCGACCACAACUGCUACCUCUGGCACGGCGACCGCGACCGCGACCGGAGCAUCGACCAGUGCUGGAGGUUCCUCCUCGCUGCACCAACGAAACCUAUCAGCCGCCGAGCCCAGACCCGAGUCCGAUUUCAUGACGCACAUCCCCACCGUUAGGCGGACGAAGCUGCGCCCACUGACCGAAGCCCUCCCACCCGGACCGACCCUUACCGAGCGCGUUUUGCGGUCGAUUCCUAUACUGAGCUGGUUUACGGGUGACAUUGUGGGUGACGGGCCACAGCUGAAGGAAGACGGGAGCUUUGAUCACGACAAGUCUGGUGUAUACUGGCGGUUCUGGUUUAUGGUGGACCAGGUACUGGGCACCGAUGUAUGUGGGUUGAAGGAGGAGCCUUGA